AAAAUAGAAAAAAAAAAAAAAAAAAAUGUUCACGCGGCAACUGCUGCUCUCUCGGCUCAAUAACAGCAACAGCAAGUGCUCUUCUUCAUUCCUUUCUCUUCAAAAGACACCUGCUUCUCUUCAUUCCAUCAAAUCCCCACUCUUGCUCCGCCAGUCUCAGGCUGCUAGCAUCAUGGCUUACAAUACAAAUAAUAGCAACAACAGCAACAACAACAAUGACAACAACAACAACAAUGACAACAACAGUAAGGAUAGAAAUGCCGCUGCUGAUACUGCUACUACGAAGACUGCUGCUGGAUCAGGGACAUUACAAUCGUUACGACCAAACGUGGUAGAACGAUAUUGGAAUGAUAUUGCAGAACACUUUCGAGAGCCCGGGUUCUCGACCUUUGAUAAAGAAAAGACAAGUCGAGCCACGACAAAGGAUCCAGAAUUCAUGCGAAAGUUGUUGUUAGCAGUCAUCACAGGUCGACCGGGACAAGGUGAUAUUUUACCGAGCGUGAUUGCUAAGAGCUCAUGUGAUUUCUACGCGUCCUUGGAUCAGACGGGCAAAACCGCGUUCUUGAAGUUGCUUGCGCGAGAUUUUGGUGUUUUACAGGAAGGUGCCGCGAAGGCUGCUCAGCAGUAUACGGAUUGUGUACACACUGAUCCGGAGGGCAAGGCAUUGCUUCGAGCAGAACAAUUGCUCCGCCAUUCGCUUGUUCCAGGACACAACAAGUUCUUUGAUCGUGUCAGUCGACUUCCAGGAGGACUAAAAUUUUUGAUCGACAUGCGACAGGAUCUUUUGACGAUCCUUCAGGACAAUAAAAAUGAUUUCUAUCUUUCAGCUUUGAACGAGUCACUCAAGGAAAAGUUACAGGCUUGGUUUGUGGGCUUUUUGGAUCUGGAACGUCUAACAUGGCAGUCGCCAGCAGUCCUUCUGGAAAAGAUUACACAAUAUGAAGCAGUGCACAAAUUCAAAGACUUUCAUGAUCUGAAACGUCGUGUAGGACCCGGUCGACGUGUGUUUGCAUUGAUGAACAAGAGCCUUCCUACAGAACCUCUUGUCUUUGUUCAAGUGGCUCUGGUUGAAAGGCUGUCCAAUAAUGUGCAGGAUAUCUUGAAUGACCCCUCCCCCGGCCAUACUCACCCAGCCAGAACUGUAAAGUGCGCCAUCUUUUACUCUAUCACGACACAAGUAGGCUUGUCCGGGAUUGAACUGGGCAAUUUCUUGAUCAAACGAGUCGUUCGGUCUUUGAAGGUCGAGUUUCCACAGAUUGAAACCUUCAGUACUCUUUCACCUAUCCCUGGAUUUAGAAAAUGGCUGAAUCAAUGUCAGAAACUUGGACAAAAGAUGUUAUUACCACAGGAAACAGCUGUCAUCAGUGACUUGGCUCAAGGUAUCGGAGCAGCCGCCAUAUCAUCAGACUCGGAGGAGCAAUUUAGUGUAAUUCUUCAACACGCUCCAAUCUUCUCUGAUUAUGAAGCCACCGAAAAGCUUCGACCGAUCUUAACCCGACUCUGUGCUAGAUACAUCUUGAUUGAAAAACGUCGUCAUCUAGCACUUGACCCUGUCGCUAAUUUCCAUCUCCGGAAUGGAGCUUGUGCACAUCGAUUGAACUGGAUGGGAGACACGUCCGAUAAAGGAAUGGAGGAAUCAUUCGGAUUGAUGAUCAAUUAUUUGUAUUCCUUGGAUCAUAUCGAGAUGAACAAUCAACAGUACCUUCAGGAUGGCACCAUCACCGUCUCAUCAAGAGAUCCAGGCUUCAUUAGUGCCUUGGCUCAAGCUCAACCUGUACCAGCUUCUGAUACUGAUACUGAUGCAGGCACUGAUACUGAUACUGGUGCUGUUGUAGGUGCAGAGUCAUCAAAAGCCGUUUCGUCCUCUUCUGGCGCAGGUACAGUAGGUACAGCAGGCCAAUUGGCACAGUUGAAUGGAGCAUGGGUCCGCCUUCUCGAUAUUACGACUGCUUAAAAAAAAAGAAAGGAAAAAAGCUAUUGCCUUUUUUUUUUUUU